UCGACCGAUGCCAUGUCUUCGUCGACAGAGUCCUCAUCAACUUCUGAAUCAACUUUAACUCCACCAGAAACAACAACCGAUGAGUACUCGACUGCUGAAACUACAAGCCCCACAGCACUUGCAACUACAGGCAGUGAAGCCUCCACUAUUCUUCCAUCAACCACCACAGAACCACAGUCCACGUCUGUCAACUCUCCUACCGCCCAAACUGAGGUCACAACAUCUGUCUCCAGCAGUUCUUCCUUCACCUCUCAUCCAACAACUACUGAAAUGUUCCAGACAACUUCAGAGCUCAUGACAGACUCGACUACAGUCCCGAUCACAGCUCCAAGCCCAUCAACCAGUGUUCAACCCUCGGCCAAUGCCAUGUCUUCAUCAACAUCUCAGACUAGUCUAUCACCUGCAGACACAACCGAACCAAUCCCAACUUUUAGUUCAAGUCACACUUUCAGAACUUCACUGACGAGCACUCGUGUCCAGUCGAGUCCCGAAUCUCAAACCCAAACAACUCAUCCUAUGACAAGACCUCAAGCCACUUCAACAAUUGUAUCAGCUACCACUGAACCAUUGUCCAAUCCUAAAACCACGGUUCAUACCGAAUCACCAUUUUCCACCACAGACCCACACUAUAGCAGUACUCUCUUCACUUCACAUUCUGCCUAUUCCACUCCUAGUUCUGUCUCGAAUCCCACUCCUUCUCCCAAUCCCUCUCUCUCUCCCUCUCCCUCUCCAUCUACAAUUCCUCAGUGUGGACCAGCAGACUGUCAGUGUGUCCUUGGUGUGUGCAGAUUCAGCCAGACACUGGGUCGAUGCCAAUGCUAUUGCCCAGAGUCAGUUUUUGGUGACGCGUGCCAUUUUGGAGACAACAGCACGUCAGCAUAUAUCGAUCCUGAUGCAGUCCCCACCCGAAAGACCAAUAUUACUUUGAAAAUUGACACACCAUUUUUGCAGGACUUUUAUGAUUUAUUGUCACCAAAAUCGGUCGAGUUUUCCAACACCUUAUUGAAGGAGCUUCAAGUUCUAUGCAAAGAAGCAGACGCACGCUCCUUCAAUAAUGUGAAGGUCUUCAACUUAUCGCCAGGAAGUGUUGUCGCAGAGAGUAUAGCGGAGUAUAAUUAUCUAAACAACGCCACGCAAAUCCACUCCCUUAACACAGAGCUUGUUGGGGUCCUGACCGACAUCUUGAAUGACACAAGGAACCUCAAUAAGAUUUCUGAAGACUUCGGCAAUGUCAGUGUCCAGUUAAAUCUCCUGACGUUUCAGAGCCCUGCCAUUCAAAAUAUCACAGACCUCCUGCCUUUCGUCAACUGCUCUCGAUUCACUAACUACACUGCUGAGCUCAUUGAUGGCCGGUGGCAGUGCGCGGGACAUUGCAGAACAAAUCCUGGUUACUGCCACCAGAAUGGACAGUGUUUAAAUCACGUUUCAGAAGGGCCGAUUUGCAGGUGCUACAAGACUGACACCAAGGAGUUCUAUGGAGCGCGAUGCAAUCAGUACCGCUGGGGUCCAGGUUUCUACGCAGCGGUCUUUGGUUCUUUAGCAGCUGUGCUCCUGAUCGUGACCAUUAUAGUGGUCAUUGUCAUCGUCAGAGCGAAACACAGCAGGGUUUGGAAGCUUAACAGAGGCUCCAACUUUGAGGAAGAGUUCUUCGACUUCUCUCAUCAAGGUCGAGUCACCUGGUUGAGGUUGUGAAGCUCAAGGGCCACCGCCUUUGUACAUGACAAACUUUUAUUUGGAGCUGGAGCUUUCCAUCACUGAGUUCAUGAUAUUAAUAGACCCAUUUAGAGUUUGUGAUAAAGUGAAUGCGAGUGCCUGCAUUUUGGCAAUUGAGUCAGGUGGAGCGCAGCAGUUUGUCAAGCUACAUGAGAGGUCAGGACUCACAGUGACGGAUCCCACGCCUGUACACCAGUCAGUGCUCUACUUUACUUGGAGGUUUACUGAACUUUAAGCCUUGUUUACAGCAAACAUUCAAUUGCACGUGUGGAUGAAGCUGCAAGCUGCCAAGGUGUGCAUGUAUUUUCCGAAGACAGCGGUAAAUGGAUCUAUACAAGUGUUUGUCUGUGUCUCUGUGAACGUGCAAUGA